UUCAGGGGUUUCAUUUGUCCCCGUUUAAAGUGUUGACGAGACUCGAUGGAUUAAAGAUUCAUUCGUAGGUCGUUUUGGGUAUAACUGCAUCGAACGUUCGGGUUUGAAUUAAUUGCUGUGCCGUCUGCUCCGUCAGUUAUUUGCUUAAAUCUUCGUCUGAUUGUUUCUGUAAGCACUUACCACAAAUUUACUCCUGAUCUCACAGAUAACUCCACUUGUGGGUCAGACGAACAAAACUCGGCAGAAGAGGUCAAAUUUUGUCAGUACUCGAUAAGCUGCCAGAUAAGCUAGAGGCUAAAGCAAACAUCUACAGUCUAGAAUCAGACAGACUUUGCGAAAGGAAACAUUCACGAUGAAGAUGAAGAUCUCCUCUUCGCACACUCAUCAAGAACCGAGGGCACAACAAUCCUAUCAGCUAUCGAACAGCAAUUAUGUCCAAGUAAGAGCAUACAGAACUAAAGAUCUUCAAAACUGCCGAGAUAUUUUUACUCAAGGUAUGGUGCAGUUGAUCAGUUUGGUUCUACGUGUUGUGUUUCCAAGAUACAUAUGGCUAAGCUCUGCAUCAAGCCUCUUCGUUCUUGUUCUCGUUGUGUUAUUCCAGUGGACCAGCACAGCUUUUUACCUCUACAUCCUUACCUGCGCAAUUGCACUUUCUAUGUUGUAUAUCCAUGUGUACAUAGAGUGUUGGAAGUUCAUCAACUCGUGUUUAGCAACAGAUUUGAGGGACAUUGAAAAGACUUACAUGACCAACGAUGGAUGCCACAUGUGGGUGGCUGAAUGGAGUGGUAAAGUUGUUGGAAUGGUUGGACUCGUACAUAAUGAGAGCCACAAACCCGGAGUGGCUGAACUUCAAAGGAUGUCUGUAUCACCAGCCUGUAGAAGAAUGGGAAUCGCCAGGAAACUACUCGACGAGCUCCUUAAUUACGCGAAAGAUAAACGACUAGAAAGACUUGUACUCACCACAACUAACGCACAGACACCAGCCAUUCGACUCUACAAAAAAUAUGGCUUCAAACUCGUGGCAGUUUUCCUUCACCCCUACAAGACUCUUUCAGAUCUGCAAUACCAGUGCUUUGAACUGCACCUAAGAGAAAAUGAUUUUACAAACAGAAAGUCGAUGCAAAGUCGUUAGCUGCCUAAGCUUCAGACUGAUCGUCAACAAAUAAGACUAUCUUAGCCAAUCUUACUCUAGGACUCGGUGGCUUUGUUAAUUUAUACUCUCUUUGUUGUGUUUGUUUUUGUUUUUGUUUUUAUAUUGUUUUUUUGCUAGCCAAUUCGUUGUUUUUUAUCUUCCUAUCGUUAGUUUUUUUUUUUUUUCGGUGGCUAUUGUUUUCAAGGGUUUCAAGUGUUCUAGAGAGGUUUCAUCUAUUGAACUCUGUUGUUUAUACUUUAGAUGGAUGUGGUGUUCUAUUCCAACUUUAAUCAAAACUCCAAGGCAAGAUCUAUACCACACCAAACGCUUUUGAUAGAUUAUUAAUAAAUAUUAUUAAAGAGCUUUGUCCAGUCGAAAGCCUUUCCAAAGGUGAAUUUUAAAAAAUCCAAAUAAAUAUAAGAAACAAAA